ACAAGCGAAUCUUUUAUCCGCUUCUACACGACAAAUUGACCCGGGUUAUCUGCUAAGGUCUAUAAAUUGUCGCGUGCGGUGGGUUUUGUACAAUCUGCGGCUGGACUCAACUCGCUCGUGUGCAGCAGUCAGGGAGUCGAACUUUCAGAUCAUGAAGUCGUUUGUGUUCAUGUGCCUCGUGGCCCUGGCCACUGCUAAGUACUACAACGUGCGCGUCCAGGAAAAGGGCGUCCAGUUCCGGGAAACCAUCCAGACGGAAGGGAAGUACCAGUUGGUUGAAGUCCCCGCACACAACGAUCGCCACCACAUCGCCGUGCUCACCAACCUCCAACUCGACCAGACCGUGUACUGUUUCCCUGAGCGCGGCUUGUGUUUCCUCAUCCCCACCUCAGAACAUGGCGCAGAACCGGACUCACAGACUCUGGAGCAAGGCAUGGACCAAGUCAUGACGCAGCGUAACGGGCUGAUCGGAGACUGGGAGACCGUGGUGGUGGACAACAAGUGGGCGGUGGUCGAGCAGAACCUGGACCGCAGCGUCCUCACCGACGCGCGCCUGCGCAGCUUCUAUCCCAACCUGCCCCUGCACCGCGUGCAGAAGCUGUCAGAGGGCGCUCCUAUCCUGUCCGGAAGUACGGAUGCAGUUGCAGCCGCUAAACGCCAGCUGAUCUCUGGAGCCUGUAGCGCUGACGCGGACCCCCAGCGCAUGUACGCCGUGUCCAACCCUGCCGGCUGUGAGUACCUGGUGUUCUGUGGAGGACAGAACGACCAGUACAGCGAGUGUCCCCGCCGACACGUCACCGACACAUUCUUCAUGGUGUGCCUGUGCUGUCCGGAACACACCAACAGGGAACAGUGCCUCUUCUGUCAGAACCUGGAGUGCAGCGGCUACUUCGACAACACCGGUGUCUGCUAAACCCACGGACAGAAAUAGAAGUUCCCAACAACUACUUCGAUAUACCAGCCUGUUUUAAUGUGUCGUUAAUCUGAGAUUGUGUUCCAUGAUUUGUACGCUUGUAUGGAUCUACCGGGCAUUGAAGAAGUGAUGUGAGAGGAGAAUAACACUACUGCUACUUCGAGCCUUGAUAAAUAAAAUUUUGGAGAUGACAUGA